AUGAGUCAAGCUUCGUUCUUUUUACUAGGGUACGGAUUGCACUUCAAGGAAACGAAUCAGAAAAACAAAGAUCCCUCAGCUAAGGGGAAUAAGCACCAGAAAGUGCAGACAACAAUUCACAAAUCCACCAUUGAUAUCCCUACCUCGGAUGACGUGUUAAAGCGUAAUGAUAGCGAUCAGUCGAAGAAUAUGCUCAACGUUUGGAAGCAUGAUCGACUGGAGAGAAGGCCAUCUUUAGACAAUUCGAGUGUGAAGAGCACUAGUUCAGCAAGUCAAUCCACCUAUUCCGCAGAAAGUGGAGUGAACAAAUUCCGUCAAUCCAUGCGCAUAUCUGUAUCAGGGGGUGACAUUCCCGCGCCUAUAUAUACCUUUGAGAACAUGCCAUUCCGAAGUGACCAGUCCAAGCUGAAAGAAACGAUUCUUCAGAACAUCGAGAAUUCUGAAUAUAAAGAGCCGACCCCGAUUCAGAUGCAGUCGAUUCCCAUAAUCAUCCAGACCCGCGAAUUUUUGGGCAUUGUCCCGACAGGUUCCGUUAAAACGGCGGCGUAUCUGCUCCCGAUCCUUCAGCGUCGAAACGCGCACGGCACGGAGCACAUCCGCGCGGUGAUUUUGACGCCGACGCUGGAGUUGGCGGCGCAGGUGCACAGGCAUUUGCUGCGAUUGGGAGAACGAAGCGGAAUCAAAUCGAAGGUUCUGUCCAAGUCCACGUGGCCCAUUUUCCAGGAAGGCAAGCAGUCGAUCGACUGUCUCAUCAGCACGCCUCUGCGUCUCAUCAGCGCCAUUUCCGCCUCCAUCAUCGAUCUCUCCCAGGCCGAAAUCCUCGUUCUCGACGAGGGCGACAAGCUCUUCGAGGACGGCUUCAUCGAACAGAUCGACGAGAUCAUGGCCGCGUGUUCGAACCCGCGUCUGCAGCGUCUUUUAUUCAGCGCGACGCUGCCGCAGGGCGUGGAAGCGAUCGCGCGGACCGUGCUUCGCGACCCAAUCCGCGUCAUCGUGGGACACAAAAACACUACCACCUCCGACGUCGAGCAGUCCCUCGUCUACUGUGGCAACGAGGAGGGAAAACUCAUCGCCAUCCGCAAUCUCCUCCGCGAAGGAUUCGAACCGCCGAUGCUCGUCUUCGUCCAGAGCAAAGACCGCGCGCGGCAGCUCUACACGGAGCUCGCCUAUGACCGGGUAAACGUGGAUGUGAUCCACUCGGAUCUGUCAAAUCUCGCCAGAACCGCGGCAAUCAAUCGGUUCCGAACCGGAGAAACGUGGGUGCUGAUCGCGACGGAUCUAUUGGGCCGCGGACUGGACUUUUUGGGGCUGAAUACCGUGGUUAAUUACGAUUUUCCGCAGAGUGGAGUGGAUUAUAUCCAUCGGAUCGGACGGACGGGACGAGCAGGACGCAAGGGAAAGGCGAUUACUUUUUUUACGGAGGAAGACAAGCCGAUGCUGCGAUCGAUCGCGAAUGUCAUGAAUAUUAGCGGGUUUGAGGUGCCGCAGUGGAUGUUGCAGCUGAAAAAGACGAACAAACGCGAACUGAAGAAGAUUGCGAAGCAUGGCGUCAAGCGCGACGAAAUCACGACGCAGGCGAAGUUUGAUAAGAAGAAGAAGAGAAAGGAGAAAAAAGUGAAGAAGGGGAAGGAAGAGAGUGAAGAGCAGCUGGCGGCGCCUGUCCUCGAGGAGGACUUGUCAUCCCUUCUGUAGAAAUGUUCGUUU